AUGUCUGACGAACCUAUUAAGCCCAACAACGAACCAGUGAAGCCACACAAAGCGCCAAUUACAAGCGAGGAUGAAGGUUACGUUAAACCUGAGAUGGUAGUGAAGAACUUCGCCAAAACAUACGAGACUCCCCCACAAGAUGCAUACCAGAAAUUCAUUACAGCCUGUGGUAGAAUUUUUGGAUGCUGUGGUGUUUUCUGUUUCCUUUGCGAGAACCCAUACAAGACAGUUGAUCAAGGUGAGGUUGGUUUGGUGCAGACUUUCGGUGCGUUGUCGAGAACCAUCGAGCCUGGUACCUCUUACGUGAACACUUGGUCGGAGAAAUUGUCUAGGGUGAACAUCAAAAUUAACGCUAAGGAAUUGCCUCCUCAGUCUUGUUUCACUAGAGACAACUUGUCAGUAUCGAUCACCUCGGUGGUCUACUACAACAUCAUUGACCCUCAAAGAGCCAUCUUUGCCAUUUCCGACAUUCACUCCGCCAUUACUGAAAGAACUCAGAACACCAUGAGAGACGUCAUUGGUUCUCGCGUGUUGCAGGAUGUCGUGGAGAAGAGAGACGAGAUCGCUGAGUCCGUGCAGCUGGUCAUUGCCAGAACUGCUGCCGAAUGGGGUGUGCACAUCGAGGCCAUUUUGAUCAAGGACUUGACCUUGCCUCACUCUGUUCAGGACUCCUUCGCUAAAGCUGCUGAAGCUAAGCGUAUUGGUGAAGCUAAGAUCAUCAAUGCAAAGGCUGAGGUUGAGAGUGCUAAGCAGAUGAGAAAGGCCUCUGACAUUUUGAGUUCUCCUGCUGCCUUGCAGAUUAGAUACUUGGACGCUUUGCAGAAUAUGGCCAAGAGCUCGGGCUCAAGAGUCAUUUUCAUGCCUAGUGCGGACCAGAUUGAGCGUAUAGUGCACAACCAGAGUUCGCCACAAGGAAAGGCUCCAGUUGACACCAUUGAAGAGGAGCCUUUGAGCACUACUGCCACUGGCCAGGACUCCAGUAAGCAACUCGCAGACACUAUCGCUAUUCAAGAGGCAAUGAAAUGA